GCCUUAUUCAUUGACUCAUCCGAUCUUGCCUCUUUCGAGACUGAUCCUCUGUUGUGCUUAGAGCGGUUUUGGGCCAAGUACUCUUCGACGAUUGAAAGAACCCCACUUUUAUUUCAGUCCAGGGGUCUUGCACCAUCUUACGAAAUGUCUGCAAGAGCAUGCGAUUUACUGCUCGAAACAUUUGAGCGUGAGAACAGUCACCGAGCUGUGAUGGACACUGCGAGCCUGACGAUUGAGUUUUCCACAAGAGUUAAAAAAGACUCGGUACAACCGGAUGCUGAACAGUCAGCUGGUCUGACGGAUGCAGAAUCGUCGGCUGGUAUCACGCCCGAGUCGAGCUGCAAGAGCUCUCUUAAUUCAACGGCGUCUCUCCGAUUGGUCUUUUCUGGAUCUGGGGCUGACGGAAGGCCCGGCCACUGCUAUCUCGAGGACCGGAGCAUCUCUGAAGAGACCGAAAAGACUCUGGAGCAGGACACCUUAUCCACGGUGCUAGCACGUGUACCGUCUGUACCAGCUUCGCCUCUAUACGGUGGGCAGGAUCUGGAGGAGAAUAGACUACACCGAGUCGUCGAUUUAGGCUAUCUCACCCACUUUAUACGUAUUUGUAUCACGUCAAAAGAGGCUGGAAGCGAAAAGGAGUAUGAAUGA